AUGAAUUCUUUGGUUGAACAAGACCUCUCAUACAUUCUGUUGAUCGAACUUCUGGCGCACCAGUUUGCUUACCCAGUUAGGUGGAUCGAGACUCAAGAAGAGAUCCUGAACGUCCAAAACGCUCAACGGAUCAUUGAAGUUGGUCCCUCUCAGACUCUGAUUAACAUGAUGCGACAGAGCGCUGCACCAUUUACUGCACGUGAAGAUGCUCUCGCAUUGCGACGGCAGUAUCUAUCAGUGGUGCGAAACGAGGACGAAGUCUACUAUGAGGGCAUGUGCGAUAAGACUUCGACCCCGAUCGAAGAGAAAUCAAGUGGGGGACCGAGUUCUCAGGAAUCCAUGUCGACAUCUGUUUCAAAGAGUCCAAAGCCACAAUCCCGCCCAGAAACUGUACAGACUUCUCCACCUAAAGCGACACACUCUGAGACAAUCCCCAAUGGGGCGUCUCAUACUUCAACAGUUCUUUCCGACCAGCAAGUCAGCGCCAAACUCAUCCUGGAGACUAUUGUUACUGAGAAGAUGGCGAGAUUGGGACGAAAAUUUAUGUGGAAUAGCACCAUCAAAGGACUUGCAUCGGGGAGAUCUGUCAUCGAAAAUGAGAUCAUCGGAGACCUCAUGAACGAGUUCGAAAAUUGUCCAGAGAAUAUAUCUGACAUGGUUCUGGAAGCACUGUGUGAGUCUAUCCAGUCAAGACACAACGGCCGGAUCGGUAAAGUCUCUCGGAGGCUUAUUUCGCGAACCUUGAUGUCCAAAUUGUCAAGACCAUGGAAUCUUGAUCGAGUCAGAGAAUACCUUGAAACACGUUGGAAUCUGAAAGUCGGCCGCCAAGAUACUGUGCUUCUUAUGGCUGCGCGAGCAUCUUUUGGCAUGAGCAAUCUUUCGGAAACUGAAUCGCAAGCUUUGCUCGACAAGGCAGCGAUGGAACACCUGACAGGGUCGGGAGUAGAUGUUGAGGAUAACGGAUCAACGCAUCAUCGACCCGCAAUCGCCAUGGAACCGCCCACAACGGUCCAAUCUGAAUCGAAAAUCAGAUAUACCGAGAGGUCUUCCCACGAGCUGGGUCCAGGUGGGACACAGGACAAGUUCAGCUCGACCGUGCUCGAACUCAUGACCAAAGUCCGGGAACAGGAACAGGAACUUCAAAAAUUGAGAGAAGAACAUGACGAAAUUUACUUGACCGGCAUCACGGGUAUCUUUAAUGCUCGAAAAGCACGGUCCUUUACAUCGUCCUGGAACUGGAGGCGAGAGGAUCAAGUGCGAGCUCACUAUGAUUCUCGUCUCUCCAAAUUGCCGCGAAGAACUCAGGAAAGAAUACGUUAUCCAGGGAAGAAUAUGAAUCAAUCCGAUGCACAUCCAGCAGACAAAGCUCACAACACUCAAAAAUGCACUAAUGACAACGGCCGACUCGAUGCUGGCACAGAAUUUCAUCUAGAAACUUGGAGAAACAAUUCAUGGCAUUACGACAAAGAACUCAGUGCCCUCUUUUAUGCAGCAAGAUGGCAGACAUCUUUCAAUUCAAAUCAGCAGAGGCCGAAGAAGGUCCUUCUCACCGGCGCAGGGAAAGACUCCAUAGGACAGCAUUUGUUAGAGCACCUUCUUCGAUCGGGCGCUCAUGUUGUGGUUGGGACCAGUAAACUCAAUGCUUCCACGGCAGCCGUAUUCCAGAAAUUGUAUAGAUCUUCCGCAACCCCCGGCUCAAGUCUGACGAUUUUACCUUUCAAUCAAGGUAGCCGCGUCGAUAUCGAAGCAUUGGUGAUCUAUAUCUAUGAAAACUUGGGUUGGGAUUUGGAUCUUGUCAUUCCUUUCGCAGCCAUUUCUCAGAAUGGUCAGAGUAUUGAGAACAUCGAUGGACAAAACGAACUGGCACAUCGCAUCAUGCUUACCAAUACCAUUCGUCUCUUGGGGUGUAUUUCCCGCCACAAGCGACGCUCAGGCAUCGAAACCAACCCUGCCCAAGUACUUCUCCCACUGUCACCUAAUCACGGCGAGAUAGGUCACGAUGGUUUAUAUGCAGAAUCAAAACUGGGUCUUGAAAGCCUUCUGCGGAAAUGGCAUGCUGAGGACUGGCACCCUUACCUAAGCCUUUGCGGGGCGAUAAUCGGCUGGACCCGGGGAACAGGACUGACGAAGCACCAGGACGCCCUUUUCGACGAGUUUGACGAGAUGGCGUCCCAUGGCACUUCAGUCCUCGAGAUGGCCUCGAGUCUCUUUGCACUCACCAAUGCUAGCUUGGUUGCUGUGUGUGACACACAACCUAUCCUAGCCGAUUUCAGUGGAUCAGGAGACUGUGCAUCUGAGCUUGCUCAAAAAUUGCGCGUGGCGCGAGAGUUUAAGACCGAAAGGCAAGACAUAUGCCGUCGACUCGCGCAGGAGGCAGCCUGUGAUGAAAAGGCCAAGUUCGGGGACGGUUGCAUUGCGAUGGAAAGGAAAGCCAACCUCGUUGGCAGCCGAGCAAACUUUCGGAUCGACUUCCCGUCACUUCCUUUCUUUGAAUCUUUGAUGGCUCCCUUUGAUGCGAGUCCCAGAUGCGAAAUACCUCUUGAACGAAUUGUUGUGAUUGUAGGAUUCGGGGAGGUCGGCCCUUUUGGAAGCUCGCGAACCCGUUGGGAAAUGGAGACGUCAGGCGAUUGGUCUCUUGACGGCACGGUCGAGCUGGCUUGGAUGAUGGGCUUCGUCGAAUGUAAGGAGAUCUCGACGUACCAACUCGAGUGGGUGGAUUGCGAGACGUCCAAGCCCAUAGCCGAUGAAGAGAUUAGAGCCAAGUAUCUUUCCCGGAUUAUAGAGGGCUGCGGGAUCCGCUUCCUCGAUCCCGAAAACCAGCCCCGACAACUCUACGAGUACACCCUGAGUCAUGACCUGCCGCCAUUUGAAGUGGAGGCUGAUACGGCACAAGAAUUCAAGCGACAAUAUGCAGACAAAAUCAGGAUAUCUCCUAUUCUCGGAUCUUCUAAAAGGUCCGUUCAAAUCCUUCAAGGAGCCGACUUGCUCAUCCCGAAGCCGGCAUCAGGUUCGAGGGCGGUUGCUGGGCUGAUACCACAAGGAUGGGAAGCUCGGCGAUAUGGGAUACCACCAGAUGUCAUAUCGGAGGUAGAUCCCGCUACCCUAUCCGUCUUGGUGUGCGUCGCAGAAACCCUUCUUUCUGCUGGAGUGACUGACUUCUAUGAAUUCUACCAUUUCGUCCAGACUUCAGAGAUCGGCAAUUGUCUGGGAUCCGGGUUAGGAGGAAUCAACUCUCUUGGCAAAAUGUAUAGAGACCAGUUCCAGGGAGAAUCGUUCGGUGGUGGAAUCCAGAGCGAUAUUCUCCAGGAAACUUUCGUCAACACGGCAGCCGCUUGGGUGAACAUGCUCCUCUUGGGCGCCAAUGGCCCCAUGAAUACUCCUGUUGGUGCUUGCGCUACGAGUCUGGAAUCACUUGAUCGAGGUUAUGAUCUCAUCUCAAGCGGCAAGGCUCAAGUCUGCCUUGUUGGUGGCUACGACGAUAUAUCUCGAGAAAUCUCCAUGAGCUUUGGUAGGAUGAAAGCGACCGUUGACGUGGAGAAAGAAUUAGCCAGCGGGCGGGAGCCACGGGAAAUGUCUCGUCCUAUGACCGCUACUAGAGCAGGCUUUGUCGAAUCUCACGGCUGUGGCAUGCAGCUCCUGACAUCGGCCAGCCUCGCUAUCGAGAUGGGACUACCCAUUCGAGGUGUGCUAGCUUUCGCUGGAACGGCCGCUGAUGGAAUUGGUCGCUCAGUGCCACGGCCAGGCGCUGGAAUUGCUUCUUUCGCGGCAGAACAUUCCAGCAAACUAUCAUCGCAUCUGUCCUCACCGCUAGGAGGAAGUGUACCCAGUCAGAGGGUCAUCAGUUAUGAAAGUCCCAAUGUUCACCUCAAGCACUCCUUUACGACUCUACCCAGUGAGCCAAAAGUCGCAACGCCCCCUGAUAGUCCCCAUCUCCUCCCUUUCCACCACAUAUCUAGACAGGACCACUGGAGCAAAUACAAUCGACUCGAUCUCCCACCACGUCAGCCAACAUCAGCCCUCCAACGAGCUCUAUCAAAAUUUGACCUCACGGCCAACGACAUCCACGUCCUCUGCUUACACGCGACGUCGACCCCAGCGGGCGACGCGAACGAGCUCGAAGUUCUCAACAGGCAGCUGCUCGCUCUAGGCCACCAGCCCGAAAACAGCGUCCCAUUGCUCGCCACGUGUCAGAAGGGCCUCCUUGGCCACAGCAAAGGUGCUGCUGGCGCGUGGGCCGUCAACUCAUCCCUGCAAAUCCUCUCCUCGGGCCUCGUACCAGGAAACCCGACGAUCGACGACGUCGAUCCCGCCUUCGAAAAUCUGGAUGUGAACAUUUGCUUUCCGGCAGAGAGUGUGCAGACGGACGGGGUGCCGGCCGUCUCGGUCACAGGAUUCGGAUUUGGACAGAAAGGUGCACAGGUCAUAUUGGUGCAUCCAGAUCGAUUGUGGAGGAUGGCGAUUGGGUCGCUGGCCCGAGAUGGAUAUGAGCAGUAUGCGACGAAAUUGCGACGAAGGAAACGGGGAGGUGAUAGAGCGUUUGCGGACGCGGUGUAUAGGGGCGGUAUGGUGAAGGUGAAAGAGAAAGGACCUAACGAGGAACUCGAAGGACAGAAAGAAAGUCUUCAUUAA